AUGUCCAAGAAGCCUGUUAUCGGCCUCCUUGGAGGCGGCCAGCUCGGCCGGAUGCUGUGCGAAGCCGCGGGCCCCUUGGGAAUCGAUAUCGCAAUCCUGGACGAAGCCAAUUGCCCCGCGAAGAUGGCAAACCAGAACAGCCGUCACGUCACUGGCUCUUUCAAGGACCCGGCCAAGAUCAGAGAGCUGGCUGCCAUGUGCGACGUCCUCACCGUCGAGAUUGAGCACGUCAACACCGAGGUGCUCGAGGAGAUCGCGACCCGCGGUGUUAUCACUGCCCCGGGCACCGUGAAGAAGGUCCCUGUCCACCCCUCAUGGCAGACUCUGCGUCUGAUCCAGGACAAGUACCUUCAAAAGGAACACUUUUCCAGAGCGGGCCUUCCCAUUGCCCCGCAGAUGGCAGUCGAGUCCGGCCCCGCCAUGCCGGAGGGCCUGACGGCGGCUUACAAGAGCUUCGGCUUCCCCUUCAUGUUGAAGGCGCGCAAGGGCUCUUACGACGGCCGUGGAAACUUCAAGGUCAAUGGGCCCCAGGACUACGAGGCGGCUGUGCAAGCGAUGGGUAAGUUGUCGCUGUACGCCGAGAAGUGGGUGCCGUUCAAGAUGGAGCUGGCCGUCAUGGUCGUCCGAACUGAGGAUGAGGAUGGUGAGCUGAGGAAGGUCCACGCUUACCCGGCUGUCGAGACGAUCCACGAGGAAAGCAUUUGCACAAAGGUGUUCUACCCUCCUCGUAAAGUCCCCGCCGAUGUUUGCGAGAGAGCGCGCCAGGUUGCCGGUGACGUGAUCAAGACGUUGAAGGGCAGGGGUGUUUUUGCUGUUGAGAUGUUCUUGUUGGAAGAUGGUACCAUCACUGUUAACGAGGUCGCUCCUCGUCCUCACAACUCCGGUCACUGGACCAUUGAGGCAGUGCCUUACAUGUCUCAGUACAAGGCGCAACUGUACUCCAUCCUGGACAUGCUUCCGCGAUCCAUCAAGCUUCAGCCUCGUGUUUCUAGUGCCAUCAUGCUGAACAUCUUGGGUGGAGCGCGUGAGGACUCUCACGAGGAACUCGUCGAUCUGACUACGUCCCUGUACGACGACAACAUGGACAUCUUCCUCCACCUCUACGGCAAGUCUUCCAAGCCGGCCCGCAAGAUCGGUCACAUUACCGUCACGUCCUAUUCUCCUAGCGCAAACCUGGAAAAGUUGGCUGCGCCUUUGAUCAACGAGGUGAACUACAUGCGCGAGGCUCGUAUUGACGCCUCCUCGGAGCAACUCCGUCUCCAGCAGUCGCCUGCCAAGACCAAGAAGGCGAGCUCCCGUAACACAGACAAGCCUCUUGUGGUUGUCACCAUGGGCUCCGACUCCGACCUCAAUGUUCUCAAGGGUGCCUUUGAGAUCCUUGAGAAGUUUGAGGUUCCUUACGACCUCGACAUCACCUCGGCGCACCGCACGCCCCAUCGCAUGGUGGAAUUGGGCAAGACUGCCGCUCAGCGUGGCAUCAAGGUCCUGAUCGCAGCAGCUGGCGGUGCCGCUCACCUGCCCGGUAUGCUGGCAUCUGAAACUACGGUGCCUGUCAUCGGUGUUCCUGUCAAGGCCACCCACCUGGACGGCCACGACAGCUUGUUGAGCAUCGUCCAGAUGCCUCGCGGCUGCCCCGUGGCUACCGUUGGAAUCAACAACUCCACCAAUGCUGCCUUGCUCGCGGUCAAGAUCCUCGGCUCUUCGAGCCUCGAGUACCAGCAAAAGAUGGCCGAGUACAUGAGUAACAUGUCUACCGAGGUGGAGGGCAAGGCGGCCAAGCUGCAGAGUCUGGGCUGGAAGGCGUAUCUUGAAGAGAAGAAAUAA